AGUUUCUGUUCCCAAGUUCCCAACCCAAAAAAAAAAAAGAGCAGAAAGGGCCCUUCCAUAGCCACAUCCCCCGAAUAGUGGGAUCAAAUGGCAACUGCCACUUACCCCUCCCUCCUCCUCCCUCAACCCGCCAUCCUCCCCUCGGUAACCUCACGCUUACUCUCACCGCGAAGGACCGUAUCCAUCAAACCCCCUUCUCUUCUUCCCUCUUUCUCUCGCCCCCUGCAACCCACCAGGAUCAGAGUCCAAAUCAGAGCUGCAAGAAUUGAGUCCACUGGGGUCUCUUUAGGCUUCAGAGCUCCCCAUUUUGAGCUUCCGGAGCCUUUGACGGGGAAAGUAUGGACGCUGGAUGAGUUCGAGUCCUAUCCUGCUCUGUUGGUAAUGUUCAUUUGCAAUCAUUGCCCUUUUGUUAUACACUUGAAAAGAGAUAUUGUGAAGCUUGCUAAUUUCUAUAUGUCGAAAGGGCUUGCGGUUGUUGCGAUUUCUUCAAAUUCUUCAAUCACACACCCACAGGAUGGACCACAGUUCAUGGCUGAAGAAGCUAAGUUGCUUAAGUACCCUUUUCCGUACCUAUAUGAUGAGUCUCAAGAAGUUGCCCGGGCAUUUGGAGCUGUCUGCACACCAGAGUUUUUUCUCUUCAAAAAGGACGGAAGGAGACCAUUCGAACUGUUCUACCAUGGACAAUUUGAUGAUUCUCGGCCAAGUAAUAAUGUGCCUGUCUCUGGAAGGGACCUAAGUCUUGCAAUUGAUCGUGUUCUUAGUGGCCAAUUGCCCCCUCAACUGCAAAGGCCCAGUGUUGGAUGCAGCAUAAAGUGGCAUCCGUGAAAGAGAUAGCAGUUCUGCAGUUGACUUUUCUGUGCAUUUUAGAUCGCCAUCACAGUUAAAGUGAAAUUCUUUCGUAAUGGACAAGGUACUUGCUGAUUGGAUUCGGAUACCGUUGACAAGCAUUGAUGCCUGCCCUCGUGCAUUGCAGUCUAUCGUAUCUUUUUUGUACCAAAAAUAAUGUAAUAGUGUUCCAUGUUACUGCAAAGUUUGAACAUUCAUGUAAUUUUACAAGGCCAAUUACGAUGAGAAAUUACAAUACGGAGGAUUUUUGGAAAGACUGCUUGGUAAAAUUCAUGAAAACAACUUGCUUUCAUCAGUUCGGUUA